GACUUAGAGUACUUGGCAUGCAAUGGUCCACGUGGCAGAACGUGAACCUCAUACUACAGAAUCUCAGAGAAAAAGAAAAGCUUUAAGACCCUUCUUCUUGUAACAGUGGUUGCAGGACGCAUGGCAGUCACUCUUCAACUGAACAUCUUCUUCCUUUUUCCAGAACAAAGCCCUAUUUUUCUCUCUGCUUCCUUGUAUAUAUGUUUUUCUUUGUUGGGUUGGUUUCCAACAGAACUGUAUGUGAAUAGUACUGGAGCAAAGUAGCAAUUUCUUUGGAUUUCAAGGAAGAAAUAAAAAGGAUUGCUCGCAAAAGAUUUUAUCGAGGGGAACAAUGAAUAUAGAGAAUGAGAACAUAGAACCUGUAACAGAUUUAGGACUUGCCCUGGGGUAUUCCAAUCAGUGCAGACAGAGAAGCUCAAAUAAUGAGUCGAGUGCAUGUGCAGGUGCAGGUGCAGGUGCAGGUGCAAAUGCAGGUUCAAGGAUAGACGUGACAUUUGUGGCCAAUGAUCCCCUAUCUGAACUAGUUUGGUCUCCACAUAAAGGUUUGAAUCUAAAAUGUGCUGAUUCCAGCUUUGUCGAUACCAAAACCUCACUUUUCUGGGACGCAGGUCCAAGCAAUGUCGCUCUUUCACCACCACAAAGCAUUACAGGCAGGAGGUCUACUACUGAAAAACCUAUUUAUGAAGAUAACUUUAUGACCCCAGAUACAUCAUUUCAUUUGAAGAACGAAGUUUCAAGGAAAGAUACUUUGUCUAAAUCUCCUAAGAGCGAUUCGGGUGUCAUGCAACCAUGUGGACUUAACCAUGAAGAGACAGGAGCUGGUGGUGGAAUGCAGGAAAUGAAUACGGAUUUAGGACUAUCUGUUUUACAUAAUAAUCAAAAAGAGUGGUUGGGAAACAGUAAAGAGGAUGAUAUCCCUGGUCAGGUUAACAGAAAAAACGAAAAUAUCUUAUCAAUUAGAUCAGAUCAGCACAAUCCUGAUGGAGCAGAGAUAGAUCUGUUAUCCGGGGGCUCCGUUGCUGGAGACAGAGAUGUUAAUAGUGGCAAACAAACAUUGCAACUGGAUAUCAGUUUGGCUAUUGAAGUUAACCAUGCAAAUGAAUCUGAAGCUUUCGCUGCUUCACUGCCGAAUGGUGCAUCCCAAGACACAAAGCAUUUGGAAAAAAUGGAGUCAACUGCUGAGAAUGAUAUCCAGUAUAUCAAAAGUGAAUAUGCUUGUGGUGAAGCUUCUAAGAUUUUACAAUCGGAACUUGCCCCCGAAGUUAAAGACAACUCUCAGCAGGAUGAGGAAAAGUUUCCUAGAAACAAGACUUCUCUGGUAAAAUGUUCUCCAACUAACAGCAAAAUCGGCAUGUGUCGAAGGAAAGGCAAGGAAAAAGCUUCAUCCGAUGGAGAUCUCAACGGAAGAAUGUCAAAAGACGAAGAUGACAGCCACGAGAGUGUUGAAAGUUGCAACAGUGCUGGGUUAUUUUUGACAGGCAAGAAGAGGUGGAGCUUUGAGGAAAACUUAAUUGUCGGGAAUAAAAGGUUGAAAAAGCAAAUUGAAGGUGCAAAUGGAUCCGCUUCCAUAGUUAGACAAGAUAGCUCCUUCAUGAAUUGGAUAUCAAACAUGAUGAAGGGCUUCUCCAAAUCAAUGCAAGAUGAGGCACCUCCUUGUGCUCUUACCCUUCCUCAACCUUAUCAUAGACUUGAAAAUCCUGAGAAAAACCAAGGUCCUGGACCGAAGAAUAUUGGUUUUCAGUCAAUUUUUCAGUCGUUAUAUUACCCGAAGGUGGGGGGUCAAGAGACAAGAUUGACAAAUGCCAAUUAUCAAGUUGGAGAAGGAUCUAAGGAACUUGAACCAGCAAAUAACAUGUAUAAUAUUAAUCCUACUCCUAUAGCUUGUCAUUGGAACUUAGGCAGACAACUUUUACUUUCAAAUGAUAGAUUCAAUGAAUCUACAUCAGGAAAUGAAGUGGAUUCAGUAACCCAUCCCAAAAUUUUGUCAGAAAAAUUUGCUGCCAGUGUAGAAAAAGGCACCACUAACUCUGCUGAGAAUAAGAAUACGUCUAACUUGGCUCGUAGCAAAGAAGAGGGAACAAGCUCUAAUUCCUCUCUGGGUAAAAGGAAAACAAACAGUACUGCUAUUUCUGAUUCUGAUCCACCAGGGAAAACCUCUCUGAAGUUGUCUCACAAAAAUGACCCGCUGGCAAGCUCGUGGAUAACUCGGUUUGUUCCAAAAAUCCCUGGAAGGCCUGGUCCAUCAUCGAAUCUGGACCAUGCUGGUGGUGCUGCUGAGUGCUCCACUAAAUGUAUAAAGCUUCCACAUUCUCAGAAUCAAGUUGAUUUUCUCAACGACCGCAAAUUUAUUGGUGCUAGGGAGCAGUGUGUAGAAUAUCCGCUGAUUGUUAGUGGUAAAAACUUACAGAAUUGCUCUCCUGAAAAUGAAAGUUACAUUGCUUUGAAUAAAGUCAAAAGCCACAAUAAUCAGAAAUGUAUGUACAGUUUGAACCCUGUCUUGCCUUCACCUAAAAUGAAAAUUUCGGAGGCAAUGGCUUCUCUGUUUGCAAGGAGAUUGGACGCUUUUAAACACAUUCCUCCGGCAAAUGAAACAGGUACUACUGCUGCUCAUGCAAACAUGACAUGUUUCUUUUGUGGCAUAAAUGGUCAUAGCUUACGGAAUUGUCCAGAGAUAAGUGAAACUGAACUUGGGGAACUUAUGAGGAACCUGAAUAUGUAUAGUGAAGCAGAAGAAUUGCCUUCUUUGUGCAUUCGAUGUUUUCAACACAGUCAUUGGGCUGUUUCAUGUCCUAUGGCAUCCUCAAGAGCACGACUUCGAUUAAAAUCCAAUGCUUCUUUGGAUAAUCAGUUUUCUCCUUGUCAAUUGCAGCCUAAUGCAGGAAAUGAAGAAAAUGCAAUUGUUCAAAUUGGUAGAGAGAACCAAUUUCAAGCUGCUUCCGCUGCAAAUACAUCCUGUGAUGGAGAAAUACAGACAGGUUUUGUAUGGAAAAUGAAUGAAAUGGUAGUUUCCAAGGAAAAGAGAUCUUGUACAAGUUCAGAUAAGAAUCAGAUUGCUUUAGGCUCUGGAGAAAACAAGUUCAAGGAAAAUCAGAUCAUGCCUUUGUCAAAUAUUGUCAAUACACAAAAUUUGGAUGUACCAAGAGGAUUAUUCGAUGCUGUAAAAAGGCUUCGUUUGUCUCGGACAGAUAUCUUAAAAUGGAUGAAUUCCAACAUGUCACUCUCACAUCUCAAUGGUUUUUUCCUGCGUUUGCGGCUUGGGAAGUGGGAAGAAGGUCUAGGAGGAACUGGAUACUAUGUGGCUUGCAUAACUGGAACACAAAGAGAGAGCAAACCACAGGAUGGCAAAAUUUCAGUAUCAGUGAACGUCGGAGGAAUCAGAUGCUCAGUCGAGAGUCAAUACGUCUCCAACCAUGAUUUCGUUGAGUUUGGUACAUCCAACAUUGCAGGACGAGCUCAUGGCAUGGUGGUCUGCAACCUCAAGGACUGGAGACAAAAUUCCUUCUGAGGAAGAUUUAAGAGAUACAGUAAAGAGGAAAAGAAUGUUAGGCUUUUAGUCAUUUUAUAAAAUUUCAGGUGCGUAAGCCAAAGUUUGCAUCAAUUAUCUAUCCAAAGGUCAGAAAAUCUUUUUGUACAUUAACUUCUGAAUUUUUAUUUUCUAUUUUUUUGGGACUUUUAUACAUGAAACAUCCAACUACAUGUAACUUUGAGAACUAAACAUUUUUCGACUGGAAUUAUAAUUUGGAAAAAUCUCAACAGGAACUUUUCCACUCAGAACCUGCUUAAUUAUGUAUUUUAUUUGUUUGCAUUGAAAAUAAAAUAUAAGAAAGUUUUUUGUGGCA